AUGUGGAGCCUCGCAACCGCUCAUAUCGCGAUAGACCUCCAUAGAGGUCUACUUGUGUUUGUCAACGGAGAUGUCGGCUACUUCGACGAUUUUUCACAGCCCCUUUCGUAUGCCAGAAACACGAUCUACUUCGUUCAGGCAUUACUCGGUGAUGCGGUACUCGUCUGGCGCUGUUAUGUCUUAUGCAAUCGGCGGGUGGUAAUAGUGGCGCUGCCACUCUUGUCGAUGCUUGGCUGUCUCUUUAUUGCUUUUGGGAGUGGGGUGAUCUGGUCAAGAUAUGGGAAUAUGACAGAAGCCGGGAUAGCCCGCACAAGGACUUGGUCGACUGCCUACUUUUUCCUAACCAUCGGUGCCAAUUCAUAUUGUACCAAUCCCGACCUUUCUUCAAAGGUGCAAUUACCUAUUUGUGUGCACACCGCGCUAAACAAUCCUUCCAUGGGUUACGGACGAUAUUUCCUGUGGUCGUGA